AUGAAGAGCUUCCUCGCCCUCGCACUCGUCGCUCUCGUUGGCUCGGCCAACGCCGUUGAAGUUUCCCGUGAGCUCCAGGUCGCUGACUUCAGCUCCAAAGUGCUGAACGCCGUCAACGCCAAGCGCGCCGAGAAGAACCUGACCACGGUCUGCAUCAACUCGAAGCUCGCGGCAGCUGCCCAGGUCCACGCUGAGGAUAUGGCCGCCAAUAACUUCAUCGGCACGUCGGGCUCGGACGGCUCCACCCAGGUGGACCGCCUCGAGGCGCAGAACCUGAUCGUCUCGGCUGCCGCUGAGCUCGUUGGCGCCGGCUACACCACGGUGGACAGCAUGGUUGCGGCUUGGCUCAAGGCCUCGAGCGACUACAUCUACGCCGACUACCCGUACAUCGGCCCCGGCUACAAGUUCGACAAGACCAAGCAGUACAAGCACUACUGGGUGCUCGACCUCUCGGACGGUGAGGGCGAGAGCUGCGCUUAG